AUGGUCAAGCAAGUAGGUAAAUGUAAUGAUCAAUGCGAAUGUACAUCAUGUCAAACUUCAUGUUCAUGUGGAAAUAGUUCGCAACCUUCAACAUGCGGUGACAAGAAAUGUACCUGCCAAAGCAACUCAAAAUGCUGUGAUAAAGAUGAUUGUAUUGGCAAUAAGAAGGUAGAUUGCAGCUGUGAACAAAAGGAGAGAGGUUGUUGUAAGAAACAAAAGUGUAGUUGCUGUGAAAAGGUAUGUUCAUGCUCAUGCUCAUGCUCAUGCUCAUGUUCAGGUAAGCCAAAAAUCUGCUGUAGAACUAAUAUUCCAAAAUGUACUUGCGGAAUAGAAAUUUGUACAUCUCAAUGUUCAUGUACAAUCAAAAGUUGUCACAAGAGCCAGGAAAAACCAUGUGAUUCAAAGAAUAUCUGUAUCUGCAAAAUAAAGAUAUGUUGUGAGUGCUGUGAGGAUUCAGAUUUAUGCUUAAAUAAACAAAAAGGGUGUGCUACUUCCAAAAAAAGUUGUGAUUGCUCUUCUGAAAAGGAUUGA